GGGGAAGGCGCGCGGGAGGGCGCCGCGGUCUGGUCGCUCGCUGCUUUCUUCUUCGGGAAGUGCGCUCGGCAGGGCUAUGGCACUGGCAUUGCCCUGCGGCCCUGCGGCAGCGGACGGUGCGCUCCCCCGUUCCUCCUUUUCGGCGCUGGAGCAUCAGUGGCUGCGGGCGAUGCGGGGCUUCGGCCACGGCGGGAGCGACGAGCAGAUCGUGGACGCUUCCCGGCAGUGUUUGAAGCGCGCUUUGCGUCCAUCCUGCGCGGGCGGCAGGGAUGAUGCCCGGUUGUGUGGCUAUAGCCUUGUCUCCAUUUCUGAACUUCAGUCCCAACAACGCUUGCUUUGCUGUAGUCAUCUGACUUGGAGUUCUAAGGAAUUCAGGGAAUGGGUUCUCCAAUAUGAAGCCCUUUUACCUAAUCAGAAAAUUUUGCAACGAAUUCACUUGGUACUCAUUGGCUACUUGACAGAUGAGGGACUUGGAAAGAAAGAUCAACCGAUGGAUGGCAGUUUGUAUGUGCAAGACAACACUGGUGUGCUGCCUUGUGUGCUCCUGCAUUUCAAGCUUGAAUGGCUUGGUUGCUUAAUGCUAUUCCCUGCUUGGAUAUACAUCCCCCAAACAGACCAGAUCACAGCUGGGUAUGUGGAGAUCUUAGAAGACCCAGUCCAUGUGAUACCAAGACCGGAGAAGGCUAUUGGAUAUGAUAUCAUCCCUGUCUUUUACCCAGGACCAAUUGCACAGCUGCUUAAAUCCAGGCCUCAGUGCAAGAAGAUGGCAAAGAUGAAUGUGGCAGGUGAAUUGUUCAGGCUGAGCACUAUGCUCUACAUCCACCACAAGACCUUCUUCUUCUUCUUCUUGAAGUGCUUCAGUUCAGCUGCUUAUGUCCCUGUACUAGUGCAAAAGACUUCCCAGUUGGUUUGGCAUCAUGCACUGCAGUUGGGACAUAAGUAUGUCCUGACUGCUCUGAAGAUGUCUUGCCUCAGAGCUUCUGGACUGAGUGUUUUAAUUACUAGCAGUUCCUCACAUCUUCUGCCCUAUUGUAAGGAAAAAGUGAAGGAACAAUUUUUGGACAAUGCUUCAGAGAGAAAUUCAGCCAUUUCCACUGUGGCCUGCACACAGCUUAAAAAUUUGUUGGAGCAAGAUGAGGAAGAGAUGGAGACGGUUCCAGUUCAGAGGUCCAAGCUGAUCUCAUAUAUAGGCACCAUCACCCAAGUGCUAAAUGCCCAAGCUGGCCUUUAUGAACUGGAUAACAAGUUCACUCUGUGUCUUGCUUAUCAGCAGUUGUUGAAUUCUGGCUAUGGUCUUCGUCCAGGAGCACGCAUAGAGCUCCGAGAUGUCCACCUUGUUCCAAAGUCUCUGAAUACCUCCUGCUCCAUUCUUGGAACUUGUCUACGGAGCACUGUUGUGCUGAAGAGUUUUUCAUCAUGCGGUACAUUCCAUCAGCCUGUAGUCUCCUUUGGGAAUCUUUACACUCAACUGUUAUUGCGUUAUAAUUUGCAUUUAUCCCUGUAUCUGUGGGUGGUCAACAUGCUGGAGACAUUUGAGCAGAGGUUCUGUAAUUUCAUUCAGUGUGAGCAGUUGUUGCUUUGCCACAGCCACCAAGCCCGGGGGGCAGCAGAGAAGUUUAUUGUUCCUAUCCUGAAUUCUUUGGUGCUGUCCACAAAGCCAGAAAGAAACAUUCAUCAGGAGAUCCUAGCAGGAAACCACAAUUGUCCCCUCGAGGAGGAUUGUAAUUUGGAGCCACCAUGUCAGAUUCCAAAUUUCUCCAUGCUCUAUGUGAUGGUUGAGAAACGAUGCUGGGAAAGCUUCAGUCAGUUGCAGCAGCUGAGCUCAGCCUCAGAGAUUCACAACUUAGACAAGCAGGAACUGAAUCGCAGAUUGGCCUGGUCCUACUACAGAUUCUCCGCGGAGAAUUUUCAACCUCAGAUGGUGUUACUUGGAAUGUUGAAAUGCUCCCAAAGUGGUUUCCUCAAGUUACAAGACAAAAGUAAAGCACUUCCUUGUGUAAUUUUCCGCAGGGAUGGCCGACCAUUUACUGAUACAUCUCUGAUAGGGUGCCUGCUCCAAAUAGAAGCAUUUCAGCUCACAGUGGAACAGUUCCUUCAGAGUGACUUUCCUUCCUGGCAGCAACUGAUGACACAUAAGUAUAUAAAAGAAAAGAAAAGAAGGGUCUAUGUGCAGUUCAGUUUUGAGGAUGUGAAGAUUCUUCAAGCUCCUGAAAAGAGAGCACUAGUUAAAGAAAGAACCUCUUCUGGGGUAAAUGGCAGUGAGACAUUCGUGGCUGAGCCAAGAGUCCCCAAAAGAAAAGCAUCCAGUUUGGAAAGGGCAAAACCAGAUUCUAGCACCCCUGAGACUUCCAAGAGCAGCACUGCGGGAACUGGCUAUGUGGCCCAUCUAUUUUUGGUGACUCAAAAAGAAGGACUUAGGCAGCGCAACUAUCUGCAGAAUUCAGAGAGGAACACGGAAGAUGGUCAGGCAGUGCAGCUCUCUUUUCAGGCCACAGCACUAUGGAUGGGUAAAUCUGAGCUUUGCUCAGGAAGUGGGGGCCCAGAAGAGCAUAAGAUCUCUGCUCGUCAAAAGACCAAUGAAGCCCAGCAAAAGGUGAUGCUGCUGUUUGUGAGAAAGUCACUCCGAUGGUUCCCGUUUCUACACCCUGAUCAUGUGUACCAGCUUAUCCUACCCCAGUGCUUGGACUUGGCUGUGUUUGACAAACUGUGCUCGAAAGAACCAGCAAGCCUCUUGAAAUUUUCCAACUGCUCUUUGUUUCUACAUGUCCCAGACACUGCCCACCUGCUGCAUGUCAGCCAGAGUUUUCAGCUGGCUCCAGCAAUGUCCAAGGUUGAACAAAUACAGUCCUCUAUUGCAGAGAUCCUCAGCCCUAGUUUCACAGGUUCCCUGGUCUCUUUCUCUGGAGUAGUAGUGGAGAGGUGUUUGUGUGAAUCUCUUCCUGUGAACAAGUCAGCAGUAGAUCUCCGUACGCAACGGAAGGGUAACCUCCUGCCCUGGGAUUACACCGUGAAGCUGAGCAUAUCACCAGCAGCUGGUUCUUCAGUUCUACUGGACAUAUAUGUUGAAGCCCCUUACCUGCCGUAUCUCUGGGGCAUGCUGCCUGGAGCCAGGCUUCUCUUCCAGAACCUGCAACGCAAAGUUUCCAAAUUCGGAAAUGUCUAUUGUACGUAUAUUGCAUCUAGCUGCAUGCAGGUUAUGGCACCUCCACCUCACGAUUCUCCUUACCAUCCUCUGGGUUCCGUCUCUGCCCCCUCAGAGGUGUAUCUGUUCAACGUCCUGCUUCAGCCACCUACUCUGCACCCAGCACGGGCCAUCUGCCAUUUGACUUGCAUCCUGUCUUUAUCCCUGAAGUGGGUCUGCUCUCUCUGCAACAGCACUUUCGCAGAGGGAAGAGGCAGCCAAUGUAACCUGAGUUGCUUGUCACAUGUAGGCAUGAAUAAAGCUAGUGCCAGGAUCCUCGUGGAAGAUGGAACAAGUGAGUUUGUCGUGUUGUGCAAGAACCAGCAGGUGCAGGAUGUGCUAGGCCUGAGCCCCAAGGAGUGGGAUGUGGUACAGCAGCAUGUGCAGAGCAAGGGCAGCAUCCACAUUCAGCAUAAUGACGUUAGCCCUGGUUCUGGGAAAAUGGAAGAGCCUGAAGAUCUGGUCACGUGGUACCUGAGAAAUUUAUGCAGAAGCCUAGUUGUCUGUCGGCCCAUACUGUUGACUUUCAGACUGGACAGAAUGCCUGUGGAGGUUCAUGAGGCAGGGGCAAUACAGCUGAGGAGGUUUUUAUCUAAUGAAUUAGAAUUUUUAACCCAGAUGAUGAAUCGAAGGAACUUGCUAUGUCUGAACAUCCAGGAUGUGACUUGAAAAACAAGAAGGGGAAAGUAAAACAUCUUUGUAUCACAUCUCAUCCUGCACAUGGGAAGACAUUUCAACGUGUGGAUCACAACAUAUACAGACCUUUAAUAUUUUUGUAUCUAAACAAUGCCAUAUGCUGAUAAUAUAAUGUAAAUAAAAUAGAUUUGUCAUUCCAGGGACAGAUGAUUAUUAAACUGUGAACAUUUAUUCUCAAAUAUGUAGAUUUUGAAACUCAAAUACUUUGUCCACCUAAUGAGAAGGAACAACUCACUGGAGAAGACCCUGAUGCUGGGAACAAUUAAUGGCAAAAGGAGAAGGGGACAGCAGAGGACGAGGUGGCUAGAUGGAGUCACUGAAGCAGUGGGUGUGAGCUUGGAUGGACCCUGAGGGAAGGUGGAGGGCAGAAGAGCCUGGUGGAAUGCUGUCCAUGGGGUUGUGAUGGGUCAGGGUUAACUUUGCAACUAACAACAACAUGUAGAUUUUAAUGUUUCUUCCAUGCAAAAAUCAAUUACAGUUUUUCUGUAUUCUUGCCAA